AUAAUAAUUUGUACCACCCUCUUGCAGUUAUACAUGAUUUAUGGCUUUUGCGAUUAUAAAAGCUGCUAAAAUACACCAGUCACUGAAAUAAAUGUGGGUUAAAAGUUUAAUGAUUGUGUGUAUUCUUUAGAACCAGGUCUGUGACAUUUAAGACUCUUGUCGGGUGAAUUUCAGGACCUUUAAGGUCAAUUCAGUUCUAUUUGAAUGGAGUAAACACACAACACACAGCCUUUGGAUUCGGGGGCUUUGUAUAUCCACACAGCAGAGCCGUAGAGAAAACAGAGAGUGUGUGUGGACCUUUGGGUGUGUCACACUGAGAGUGGGAGGGGCCACUUCAGGUUCCAGGAAGAUUUUCUCCCCGAGCACCUGUUUGCAUGUGACUCACAGCAAAGUACAUGAAGUGAAAGAUUCACACGUCAGAGGAAAACAUGCAGAGCGUAAGCUCCCCUGGAGGCCGCGUCCUCUCUGAAGACCAGUUCACGUGCUCUAUCUGUCUGGAGGUGUUCGUGGAGCCCGUGUCCACGCCGUGCGGCCACAGCUUCUGCAAGGCCUGUCUGCUGGGCUACUGGAACCACAGCAAGAAGAUCUCCUGCCCCAUGUGCAAGAAGGCCUACUCCAAGAAGCCCGAGAUGAGCGUCAACCGCGUCCUGGCUGAGAUCUCCACACAGUUCCAGGGCCUGAUGAUGGCCGGCGGCGGAGACGGUGGUGGAGCCGUUGCAGCUGUGAGAGGAUCCACGCUGAACUUGAACUCUGACCCGAGUCACGGCGGCUUCUCUGGAUCCGACACUGGGGAGUUUGCUCGGCCCGGCGAGGUUCCCUGUGACGCCUGCAUCGGGAGGAAAGUCAAGGCGCACAAGUCUUGUGUGAACUGCCCCGGGUCGUUCUGCGAGAAUCACCUGCGGCAUCAUAAAAAGGUGAAGUCGCUGACGUCUCACCGCCUCAUCGAGCCCACCUUCCACCUGGAGGAGAAGAUCUGCAAGAAGCACGAACGUCUCCUGGAAGUCUACUGCCGCUCCGACCACACGUGCAUCUGCACGGCGUGCGCCGAGGCCACGCACAAGUCCCACGACAUCGUCUCCACCGACCACGAGUGGAAGAAGAAAAUGAGUAAUCUGGGAAAAAGGAGGUCGGAGCUGAAACAUUUGAUCAAGGAGAGAGUGAAGAAACUGGACGAGAUCAAGCAGUCCAUCAAGGUCAUCAAGGCGAGUGCUCAGAAGGAGCUGGAGGAGAGCUGGCAGGUGUACGCCGAGCUGCAGCGCCUGGUGGAGCACAGUCAGGCGGAGCUGGUAGAGCUGAUCGCGACGCGGCAGCGAGAGGCGGAGCGCCACGCGCAGGAGCUCGCCCGCGGUUUGGAGAACGAGCUGAGUCAGCUGAGGAGGCGGAGCAACGAGCUGGAGGCCUUCGCUCAGACGCAGGACAAAGUCAUCUUCCUUCAGAAUCUGACGACUUUGUCGCCCCCUCCCGAGCCCGCUGAUUGGUCAGCGGUCACCAUCAACACCGACCUUUACCUGGGAACCAUCCGCUCCUCCGUCAGCAAUCUCAUGGACAAGUUCCAAGAGGAGCUGAAAAGACUGUACGGGAAAGAGCUCCGGAAGGUACAGAACUAUUCCAGUGAAGUGAUUCUAGACUCGUCCACCGCCCAGAGAAACCUGGUUGUGUCUGAAGAUGGUCGCCAGGUGAAGUACGAGGAACGCAAGACCUCCCAUUCUGAGGGUCCAAAGCGAUUCAGCCCCGCCCUGUUUGUCCUGGGCCGCGAGGGUCUCAGUUCUGGGCGUCACUACUGGGAGGUGGACGUAGGACGCAAGACGGCCUGGACGCUCGGCGUGGCCCGAGCUUCAGCCCGCCGCAAGGGUGAGAUCAAACUGAGUCCUGAGGGAGGAUAUUGGUGUUUGUGGCUGAAGAACGGCGAGGUGAAGGCUCUGGCUGCAACCCGCUUGCCGCUGAUGCUAACGUCCUACCCAUCUAAAAUGGGAGUCUUCCUGGAUUACGAUGGAGGCCAGAUUUCUUUCUAUGACGUAAAGGCACGUCUGCAUCUCUAUACUUUCUCUGACACCUUCAGCGAGAGCAUGUACCCAAUCUUCAGCCCCUGUCUAAACCAGGACGGCAAGAACUCUUGUCCUCUCAUUAUAAGCCCCGUUAAACACACCUGAAAAACCACCAAGUUCAUCAUCUGCAAGGUAACAAGACAACUUAAGUGACAAAGUCAAAAAAAUGAUUUUAUUUCAUUCCAAAGCAUAAUGAAGUAUUUAUGAACAUUAUUGAAGCACUGUAAAAGAUGAAUUAUAGCGCUCCGCAGACCCUGACCAACGUUUCAUCGUCGUUGGCAGAAGGAGGUUGGUUCAAAGGCAGAAUGUCAGAUGUUCUGCCUUUGAACCAACACUUGAACAAAAGAAAGUUAUAUAUUUGGAUGUCCAGUCGUUGUUGUUGUUUUUUCAUCGCAGGUCGGAUAAAACCGGUUCGCAGGGCAGGUCCACCUAUUUGUGAUUGAGACUUGUUCUACUGUAACGCCGGGUUCACACUCGGUCAUUCAGGCUUCCGUUAAUAUAGUAACAUGGUUUCUUCUGGGGGCUUAGGAUUCUACAGGCACGCAGCAUCCCUUACAUCUUCUGCUAAAGUAUAAGCUAGCUAGUUGAAGUCCAGUCAGUUGUCGAUAAGGUGAAAGUUGGACUUUGUGAGAUAAUCUUAGCGAUUAAAUUGGAGGAAAACUUUUGCAGUAGUCGUUAGCCCCAAGGGAUUCAACAUGGCCUGAAUGGAAAAUGCAUUUAAAUUUCAUGCUAAAUUCUAUAAUGUGUCGCAAAAUAUUCUAGAACAUCUUUUGGUUGGCAGCUUACAGGAAAUAGUCAGGCUGGAUUAUUGAAAAUCAUGAUUUUCUUUUAAUAUAAAAUUCAAAAAAGUCGUGGAGGUUGUGGGUAUUUGUGUCUGGUUUCUAUUUAUUUCCUAUGGCCGGGAGCUCCAACGGUGUGAAGGAUAUCACAUGAUCAUGAGGCAAUAAAAUGAAAAAUGCAAUAUUUAUGUGUUAGAGAACUUAGGUAAAAAUAGUCAGAUUAGACUGAACACUGGAAUUAUUAUGUAUAUUGGCAAUUUGGUUACGACAGAAGCCUAAACUAAUCUUGUUUACUUUAAUGUGAAAUUCUGCUGUAUAUAGAAUAAAAAUGAAGACUAUUAUGGUAAAAAGAAGAACCUAUGAAGGACUAGAAUGAUUUGAUCUGUGGUAGAGUUGGAUGUUUAAAGGAAACGGUUACGUUUGAGAUACGCUGUACUUCUGGCACUUUCCUGUCUGUUUAACAGUAACUAUUUGGGGUUUGGAGUUUUACAGUUUUAAACGAUGAAGUUCAUUCGUGUUCACGUCUACGUGUUUGGUCUCGCCUUUUCUUUUUUUUUUUUUUUUAUGAGUGACUUUGUUUGCAAAGAGCAUAUUUUACAACUCAGUGUUGACACAUGACUGUUUGAAGAACCAUUAAACCAUGAAAUAUUAUUGCUGUAACUUUACAUUAUGUGGUUGCUUCUGUACAUUUUUCCUCAAAUUUCUUUAAUAAAAACAAUCAUUUACAGUG